AUGCCUAAUAACGCUGUUGAAAUUACUACUAUUUGUUCUGACUUAGAGAACUCCCAAUUUAAAUUGGAAAGUACAGCUCCUGAGGAACCUAUCAUCUCCAAGUCAGCUACUCCAGUUAUACACCCACUAUUAUCACAGCGUCGUUCUCUACCCAGAAUUAAAAUUCUGGGUACUGGUGGUACCAUUGCUUCAAAAGCUACGUCAUCAUCUGCUACUGCUGAUUAUAAAGUAGAUUUAACUAUCCAAGAUAUGUUAGAAGCGAUCCCUGAUAUUUCUCGUAUCUGUGAACUGGAGUACGAACAACUUUGUAACGUUGAUUCCAAGAAUAUCGAUGAAAAGAUUUUAAUGACAAUUUAUAACGGAAUCUCUGAAUCUUUACAAAAAUUUGAUGGCAUCGUCAUUACUCACGGUACUGAUAGUUUAGCAGAGACAGCCUUUUUCAUUGAAAGCACUAUUGAUGCUGGCGAGGUUCCUAUUGUUUGUGUUGGUUCGAUGAGACCUUCAUCUUCUGUAUCUGCAGAUGGUCCUAUGAAUCUAUAUCAAGCUAUUUGUAUUGCAGCUGACUCUAAAUCGAGAAAUCGUAGUGUUCUUGUUUCAUUGAAUGAUCAAAUAUCGGCAGGUUAUUAUAUUACAAAGACUAAUGCAAAUAGUUUGGAUUCAUUUAACGUUAGACAAGGGUAUCUAGGGAAUUUUGUAAAUAAUGAAAUUCAUUACUAUUAUCCACCUGUUAAACCACAAGGUUGUCAUAAAUUUAAAUUAAACAUUCCAAAAAAUACAGACUCAUUCAAUUUUCCGGAUGUUUGCAUCAUAUAUGGUCAUCAAGGUAUUACUUCUAAAUUAUUGGACAUGGUAAAGGAUCAGUAUGCUGGGAUUGUGUUCGCCACUAUGGGUGCAGGUUCUUUACCUGAUAAGGUAAAUGAAGACUGUUUAGAAAUAGACAUUCCCGUUGUUUACUCAAAGAGAUCCAUGGAUGGUAUGAUUCCAAGGGCAAAUCUACCAAAGGAUGCUAAUGGGGAUUCUCGUAAUUGUAUUGCAUCGGGCUAUUUGAAUCCAGAAAAGAGUAGAAUUUUAUUACAAUUAUGUCUAGCAUGUAAUUAUUCAAUCGACGAAACGAAGCAUGUCUUUAGAGGUGUCUAUGGUGGUUAG